UUUAUAUCUUUAAACUUGACCUCUGGAUAUUGGCAAGUGGAAGUCAAAGAAGAAGACAAAGAAAAGACUGCAUUCAUUACUAAAUAUGGUCUUUAUAAAUUUAAUAUUAUGCUUUUUGAAUUAUGUAAUGCUUCAUCAACAUUUCAAAGGCUUAUAGAUGUAGUGUUAAGGCCUGUUCUAUAG